AUGACUCCUUGCUUUCCUAAUUUGGGCGAUAAAGUCUCAAGCCUGCUGAGAUGCUGCACAUUGUGUUGUGACGCUCAGGACAUCACAUCUCCCAGACAGAGGGCCUCACGGACCUGUCGCUGGUACCCAGGGGUAUUGAUCCCACUGGCCACAUCAAUGAAGCCUAUGGAGCUGUGGAAGAUAGCAGUCAUCACUCUGUCAGUGGUCUUCGGUUUGGUCCUUGUCAUUGGCUUGAUCACAUAUUUUUUGUGUAGUGAUGAGGACCGAUAUUACAAUGCAACUUUCAAAAUCUCCAAUGUCCGCUAUGACCCUUACUACCAGAGGCAAACCACUGAACAGUUCAGACACCUGAGUGAAGAGAUUGAAACAAUGAUGUCCAGAAUAUUUAAGGCGUCCUUUUUAAGCAAAAGGUACAUCAGGUCCCAUGUUGUCAGUCUAAGCCCAGAUCCUGGCGGAGUGCUUGCAUAUGUUGUUCUGGUAUUUAAAAUUGCCUCAGCUGAUAAUGAAGCAGCAACCUGGGGUCGUAUCAACAGUGUGUUACGCAAAGGGCUGAAAGCAAGCACGACAUUCUUGGAAGUUGACCAAUCUACCCUUAGACUCACAGAGCUGAAUAAGGAAAAGGGAGAAAACCUUUUAAACAACUGCUGUGGGAUAAGGAGGCAGAUGACAUCCUCCUUCUCAGGAGUAGAGCGAAUAGCUGGCGGGCAGCUCGCGCGGGAUGGGGAAUGGCCCUGGCAGGCCAGUAUUCAGCUUGAUGGGAUCCAUCGCUGCGGCGCAUCGGUGAUCAGUAAUACGUGGCUGUUGACUGCAGCCCACUGCUUCAGAGGAGAAAUAGAACCUCGGAGGUGGACUGCCAGCUUUGGGACUCUGCUGAGAUCUCCAAAACAGAAAAAGUAUGUCCGAAACAUUAUCAUUCAUGAAGAAUACAAUGAUCACCUCCAUAGCCAUGAAUAUGAUGUGGCCCUUGUGGAGCUUGCCUCACCUAUUAAGUUCACAAGUGAUGUGCACAGUGUCUGUCUUCCUGAAGCAUCUCAUGUUUUCCCAGACAACACCACCUGUUUUGUCACAGGUUGGGGAGCUCUGAGGAAUGAUGGCUAUAGUGUAUAUCAACUUCGACAAGCAGAAGUGAAAAUUAUAAGCUCCAGGAUUUGUAAUAGGAGACAAGUGUACCAUGGAAUGAUAACACCUGGAAUGCUGUGUGCAGGCUAUUUAGAGGGGCAGGUAGAUGCCUGCCAGGGUGACUCUGGUGGGCCACUGGUGAGUGCAAACUCCAGAGGAAUCUGGUAUCUUGUGGGAAUAGUGAGCUGGGGCGAUGAAUGUGCCAAGCCAAAUAAACCAGGAGUGUACACACGAGUGACUUACUAUCGAGACUGGAUCACCUCCAAAACGAGUAUCUGAAACCUGCAGAGGGUUAAGCUCUGCGGGCUGUGUGUAAGGCUAUUCCUCUGACAUGUUCUGCUCUGUGGUUACCCUCUAAUUGGCUGCUGGCUUAGCUUGUGGUGGUGUAUCAAUUGCCAGCAAGCUCAGGGUGGUCUAGGACUUGAAAUUGGUUUGGCCUACAGCCAGAGAGGAGCAGAUUAUCUGCGUGACCAGGAGCUGCUUGUUCGGGAAAUACUGUUAAAGGGGCAGCAACCUUGGCCUCUAUUCCCUAUGCUGCCCCUUUUCACCUAGGCAAAACACUUGAGCGCAAUGAUUGUUCACCAGUGUCCUAGACAAGUUGCAACUGAAAUGUGGAGUAUUCGUUUGCUGUGUGCUCCCAAGGCUCCAUCUAGCUGUAGGUGAGCUAGAAUCAAGCCCUGGA